GUGUUGAACUCGAUACCAUCUACCAGCCUCGAGAGGAAAUUUCGCCCAGUGCUUCAGAUCUGGUCCAGGAACUGCCUUUCUUACGACUCCGCACUACACAAACAUGCCGUCCCUUCUGAUAGCCCGGUUGAUGGAGGAUGACUCCAUCUCAUGGGGCACACAUUUCCCGCGAGGUGCCUCAGGAAACACAUCCAACGGAGACAAAAAAAGGAUAUCGAUCAUCGUGGCAGUAGUGGCGGCUCUCCUCGUCCUGAGUGCCUGCAUCGCACUCGCGGCCAUCUGCCUCUCCAAGCGCCGAAUAAGAAAACAGCAACUCAAGGAGGCACGCCGAAGGGACCCCUGCUUACAUCCAAGAGCCUUCAGCAAGCGGCGGAGGAUGACGCAGGAUGAUCUGCUGCACGAGGCGGAAGAACAGCGGGAGGCUAUGAUCCGGAAGUCACUGGCGUCACGGUCCGGGAGAUCAAUAUCGCAGAGCAGCCAGCUGACCGUCGACUCGUUGGGCACCUCGGAGAUGACCAAGACUGGUUCCGUGUACCGAUACGGGCCGAGGGACGGGGAGGAUGCUUCGAGGCAGCACUCGAGGUCUAAUUCCGACGUCUCGCUGUACGACGAAAAGAGCUGGGAGGCAGGGAAUCAUAUCGGGAGGCCCAGCUCGGCGGCCAGCCUCCAGAGGGCGAGGUCCAAGUCGCCGUUGCCUGGGAUUCCGGCGCCCACUUUGUCAAGGUCUUCUUCGCCGACCAGGUUGCUACAAGUACGAUCAGAACUGCCUCCGCUGCUCGAACCGCACCCCCUCUUGCGGAGGAUGAACGAAGACUCGGAUUCGGAGAAUGAGCAGCUGAGGGGAUGAGGGAUUGCUGUCGCCAGUCACGUGCAGGACUGGGCUGCGUCGAGUAUGCAUGAUGAAUUAAUGACCAUGGAAUGAUAGAGAAUUUCUCAAUACAAGAAAAGGUUAAAGG